AAAAACGCCCAGAUUGUUUAAUGGCCUUGAAGAAGCUUGCAGAUGUUGAUUUAAACGAUGUCAUAUCAUCAGAACUAGAUAAGGACAUUUAUUAUAAAGAUAUUGAUUAUAAUUUGAAUUCUGAGAGAAUUCGAUCAGCAGCACCUAGCGUGUAUGUAGGAAGCACUGCUGUUGAUCAUACCGGAAUUAA